CUUCAGAUUUGCUCACAUUUGGUAAUGUUUUGCUAACUUUGCAUCAAAUCGGCUUCAGAAAUUACAAUUUUGUCUUGACAGUGAAUCGUUUUGAUGAAUGUGAUGGUCCAGAAUCGCAGCGGUGAUGUUUGAGGAUCCGGAAGAUGAUGUGCAGUUCGUGUCUGAGGCUCCUCUCAGACCAGUGCUGGAAUGCAUAGACCUGCUGAGUGACGGAGAUGAUGAAGAGGAGUUACCUGCCGCAAACACAAUCGAGCAGCAGGUGGACCGUCAGAGAGCUCAUGCCGUCUCCACGCUGGACAGACUGGCUCAGCAGGUCGCGGUGGAGAAACAGGAGAGGGCCGACAAGUGCAAAGCCUUCAAGGAGAAGAUUAUUUCGCAGCAAGCACAUGGACGCCGCGAGCUGUCGGUCAGCGAUGAUAAUAGUGUAAGCGGCGAUGCCAAACGAUGUGUGGAUAUUUGGCUAAAAAUGCCAGGAUUGCAGCCGGGCUCCAUUCACUCGGGCUCUCUGUGGAAACGCAGAUCGGCUCCUCCUGCAGUGAGAUUUUCCCCUCAGUGCUGUCCGGUCAUCAACUGCGGACGAGUCUACGACAAUAUUCCUCUGCUUCAGGGACAUCUCAAAAGGUUCGAUCAUUCGCCCUGUGACCCCACCAUCACCCUGAAAGGCACCGCACCGUCCAUCUACGCCUGUUUGGCCUGUGGAGAACACUUCUGCUCCCAGGAGACAUGGAAACAACACAUGCAGUCCAAGCUGUCAUCGAAUGGUCACCGUCUCUCUCAGAUGUAUCAGAUGAUCGUGUGUUUCGCCUGUCCCUCCUGCUACUUCCUCUUCAACAGCAAAGACGAGUGCUAUAAACACAUGAACGCAAGAAAACACAACCGUCAAGUCAUUUCUCUUACCGAAGAGAAAGCAGCAGGAUCGCCUGUUCCAGUGCCACGCUUCGCUAAACAGCGUUUAAUCGCUCUCUGUAAAGACAUCGUCUUCAGCGUGCGAUGCACAGUCUGCUCUCAGCGGCUCAACUCACACAUGGAGGCCACCGCACACUUCAACGUGCACUGCAGAGACGGCUGUGCUAUCGCUACUGCAGAUCAAACCGUUGCAGACAUGAUGAAAAAGAUGGCGGUCAUCGGUCGCUGCAUCUCCUGUCCUGAAGUGUUUCUGUGUUUGGAUCAAAUGCAGGAGCACAAAGAGCGAAUGAAACACGACGUGGAGAACAUCACACUCCUAGAGCGCGCACUUCUGCACUACAGUAACCACUGCGAAACCAGAAACAAACAGAAGAGAACGUCAAACGAACACCGUUCAGCCAAACGAAAGAGACCUGAAGACGUAGAUUCGCAAGUCAAACGAGAAAGAAAGCAUUCGAAUGUGGCUUGGUUUUGCGAAUGCGGCCUUCGCUUCGUUGAAGAGAACCAAGCAAAGAGACACCAGCAAGCCGCCAAUCAGAUCUUUCACAAAUGUGCAGUGUGCGGGAAAUUAACCGGCGAAUCCUCCAUUGCGCGCUUGCAUAUGAGCCGUUUCCAUGGUGGCGCGCAUCUAUCCAACUUCCUGUUUUACUGUAGGAAGUGCAAAGUGGAAAUGCCCAGGAUGGAGGACAUCAUGGCGCACGUUAGCGCUAGCCAUCAGGGACACAACUACUAUGAAGAACGAGAAGAUAAUGACAGCGUAUUUGAUCAAAUAUCGGCAAAACCAUCAACCAGCAAAGGAUGUGAACCAAUCAGAAGCGUCUCCCCCAAAAAAACACAGUCGUGGCUCUGUCGAAUGUGCGAGGAUUUGUUUGAUUCGGAGGAUUUGGUGCGGAAGCAUUGCGGAGAUUUGAGCAGCCAUAGUUUCCAGAGGUUUGCAUGCGGUCAUUGUCCGCAGAAGUUCUUCAAAGAUUCAACUUUACGACGUCAUUGCGCUAACGAGCAUAACGGCGAUGUAGCGCUGCGCUACUUUUGCGGGCUUUGCGAUAGCAUGCUGUUCGAAACCGAAAACGAGUUUCAGAUGCACUACGACGAUCUGCACAGCCAAGAUUACUACUGUUUGGAAACAUCGACGAAUCAUUCGCAAAAUGCAACGGAAGUCAUUGCUGAUAAUAGCAAUACAAGCGACUCCCAAAUAUGUCUUUGCAUGGGAUCUGAGAAAUCCAGAGAGGAACGGAAGCCUGUUUAUACAAACUGCAUGAAGCAGUUAGCUGCUGAAGACAAAUGCAGAUACCGAUGUCGCAAUUGCGAUAAAAGCGCACAGAGCUAUGCUAACAUGAAGACGCACAUCUUGUUGAAACACAAAGGCAAUGGGAAGAGUUUUGAUGUCGUGUGCAUGAUCUGCUCACAGAGUCAUACAGAUGUUCCCAGUUUUCAUGCACACCAUCAUAAACAUCACUGCCAGGCAGAACCGUGCAUUUCUUCCCGACCCGACGCAGAGGAGAAACGAGCCUCCAGUGUGAUAAACGCAGAGGAGAAACGAGCCUCCAGUGUGAUAAACGCAGAGGAGAUCUGCCCUCAGAGGAACGGUGAAGAGUUUGAAGAUGUAAACAAUGCCAUUACCUCAGGUGUUCUUGAUGUUAAAAAAGAGGCGACGGUUUCACAAGACGAUGAUGAUGCUAACUUUGACGAGGACAUGAAGCAGGCUGUGGCCUUGAGUCUGGAGGAGGCCAGGAAAACUGCAGAUCUGAGAACGGAAUUGGAAGAAGCCCUGAGAAGAAGUUUGGAGGAAUUCUGACAAGAUUAUGAUUUGAUUUGAGAGUUUUUGUUUGUUCGUUUCGUCCGUGCACUGUACCUGUAGGCAUGAAACAUUUUUAUUUGUUGUUCUUCAAAGUUUAAAUAAAGCAGAGUAAUUCAGA